AUGGAUCCAGAAUGGUUACGUCCGUCAAAGGAAACUUCAGAGUUAUUUCAGACCCUUCUACCGAAAAUAAACGAGUCCAUCAAAUUCUAUGAUGUAGAAUAUACAGUUGGGACGCUGCGACCGAUUGUUAGGAACCGACCUAGCUACUGGGAGGAAGUAAUCCGGUUUGAUAGCGAUGGGCUUAUUAUGGUUGCCGAUGCAACGGCGGAACCGUUAGGGUCGGUCAUUCUCGAAUUUCAAAAUCCUGAAGUUUCUCAACAAGUUACGAAUACCAUUUUCACAAGACUUGUCCGGCAUCUCGCGUUCUGGAACCAUAGACGUGACUUUGAUAUAUUGAAACGCAAAUUCCCUAGUGGUUUCCUUCAUCGAAAGAGCGAAAUCGACAUUUCUAGAAUUUUCGUCGAAUUUCGUUCAGACCGGCACCUCUCUUGGUCACUAGGACCUUUAGCUGGAACUAUCCCAUUAUGGAUCAAAGAUCGUUUCUGUUCAUCUGGUAAGUGGAAUGGUGGAGAAAAGAGUUUCAAGUCCCGAAUUAGGUUUUUCCGCGCAAAAUUUCAAGAUCGUCAAACACUGCUGAACUUCUACGUGCAUCUUGAGAAUAUUUCUCGGAAUGAGUUUACGCAGAGCAUGUUGGAAGAUGAAAGACAUUAUCUUUGGGCGGUUCGAUCGUUGACAUUGGCUGCAAAUUUCACGUAUGAACUGCUCGACGAGGGUCUCCACCCCAAUUCCAAGAGCUUUAAGGAUCUUCAAACAAUGCUAUGGGAUGGUUUGGGGAGGUCUUGUCCUAGUUCUGCUCUUGCCGCUAUUUGGCCCGUUCUAUCGAAACUCCCGGAUGAUCUACUACAAGAGGGCAAUCUAAUUAGACGUCUCGUAACACCACCUAGAAAUUCAUCACCUGAAGCUCUGUCCGAUUCACAGCAUGGAACCUCGUCUGAAUCAGCGUCACUCCAAAAUUCAAUACCCGAGUUGCCUCAAACGCCCGUGAAAAAUGCCGAAACCGACAAAGAUACGAACUGA